AGAUAUCCGCUGUGCUUCUGAAAAAGAAUGAGGGACAAACUCUGGGAGGGAGCAGUCGAGUGUGUAGACAUGAGCGUUCACACACUUCACACACUCUUACAGGACUGAUAGCGCAGCAUCAUUUGCAGGACCGUCCAACAUCUCACACACACACACACACACACCAGCUUCGGCCCUGCGGACCCCGUCACACACCAGGAGAAGAGCAAGUCCUGCCAUGAUCAGAGUAAUCCUCCUCUCGCUGUCUCUCUGCACAUCAUCUCACGCCUCCUCCAGUGAUCCGUACAGCGGGUGUGUGCCGGGGAAAGUGUGUGAGGCCAAGUUUGGGAACGGAGUGUGUGACCAGGAGUGCUCGAGCUCGGCCUGUCUGAGAGACGGCUUCGACUGCCUCGGGGAGAAGAGCUCCUGCAUUUCAGGGCAUAUUCAAUACUGCCGAAAUCAUUAUGACAACGGCUUCUGUGACCAGGGCUGCAGGAGCGCGGCCUGUGGCUGGGACGGGUCCGACUGCCUCCGGAACCAGUUCCCCGUCUGGGCCAGAGGAAGCCUGUUACUGCACACCAGAACUCCAGUGCACUCGGGUCAGAGCCAGAACAGCUCUCUGCUGUGGGCCUUAAGCACUGUCCUGCAGACCAGCGUCAAGCUCCGAGGAACGGCCCCGCUGCGGCCCUCCGACGACCUGCUGACACUCGACACGCGGCAGCUGGAGGAGCUGCACACACACACACACACACCGGCCUACGACAGCAACGGGUCGGUGUUGUUCCUCCAGCUGGAUAACAGAGCCUGCUCCCGUCUUCCCUCCAGCUGUUUCCAGUACGCCGCCGAGGCCGCACAGUUCCUGCGGGCCGUCCUGGCACUGAAACCCCCCCCGUUCCCCAUGAUCCCCGAGAUCCAGGCGGCUGUGAUCAGUGUGCGUGGCGUGGACGAGGAAAUAGGAGCCAGAGACGAGGUCAAACUGCCCAAAGAGGAACGCAACAUUCUUGGAGCGUCUCCGGCCUGGAUGUGGCCGGUGGUCGGCGUGUCGGCUGGACUCGGUGUGGCUCUUGUCCUGAUUAUCCCGUCAUUGCUCCUGUGGUUAAAGAGGAGACGCCAGCGGACAGAAGGAGGCGAGCGAGUUCGUCACAGAUCCAUCGUGACCGACAGCAAAACCUGGACUCGAUCUGAGGAGAACAGAAGCAGAUCAGGACGAGAUAAAGACAGAAAUGGGCUAAAGAAAAACAAGAAAGGGAAGGAGUCAGGAAAGAGACGCAAGGAGCCGCUCGGGGAGGAUGCGAUCCGAAUGCGGCCCCUGAGGAAGGAACUGGACAUUGGAAGUGACACCGACGUGACCCAGAGCUCCAUGGAGGACAUCAACAAGACCAUCUGUGACCACAGAUCACCGGACCAAAAGCACUUCCAACCGCCCCGCAUGCUGGCUCCACCGAGAGGAUGGGAGAGAAACCCAGUUCCUACACCUCAAAGAGCACCAAGAAAUAGCGCUCCGGUGCAGUGGUGCGGUCCCGACGGCUCGGUCGUGCUGAUCCGUGCGGUCAGAAGUGGACUGGACCGAGUGGUUCUGGAGCUCCUGAGAGCCGGAGUCCCGGUCAAUAACACCGACCACACGGGUAGAUCUGCCCUUCACUGGGCUUGCUCAGUAAAUCACCUCCCAUUGACACGGACUCUCAUUCGCUACGGUGCCGCUGUGGACUUACAGGACCAUAGGGGUGAAACGGCUUUGUUUCUCUCGGCUCUCCACGGUUGCUAUGACACCGCACGAUUCCUGCUGCUCAACGGGGCCAAUCAGGAUCUGUGUGACGGCAAGGGGCGUCGGCCACUGGAUGUGGCUCGAGAGGGAUUACAUCAUCAGGUCCUCGAGCUCCUAUUGGCCCACAGAGUUCACAGGGCCCCGGUGCCUCUGGACCCCUCCACUGAGCUGCUGUGGGACGAUCGCACGUACGCCUUCUCUCCGUGGGUCGCGUCGCCGCCAUGUCUGCCCGGGAGAAGUGCCUCGUUCUCAGGGGUCAUAGGUCACAGGGGGAUGUCAACACCGCCACCCACUGAUUGGCAGAUGGGCUCCUCCCCCCAGAACUGGCGUCCAGCCCCCAACCAAUCAGCAACAGCACUGGUCAGCCCCAGGAUUCUUGGCCGCCCAUCUCGGCCUAUCAGUACUCUCCAGGAAGUGACAUCGGAGGCGGAGGACGAGGAGAGGGAAAUGUUACAGGAUGUCACCCGGGCAGCAACACCUCACUUCCUGUCUCCACAACCAGCGCCUCGACAGCGCUCGUUCUCCUGUACCCAGCAUGCACUGAACCGCCGCUCCAGUGGCAACCAAUCAGAGCCGCCCGUAGCUGUGCCAGCCAAUGAGCGCGUCGAAAUCGUGAUCGUGCCCCACCCGAGAGAAGCAGCCAGCCAAUCAGAGAGCAAACCCACAGGGAACGCCCUCGGCUCACCUCAGAUGGACUCUGAGAGGGACAAUAUAAGGAACUGCGUCUCCAAAAUCCACAGCGAGAGGGUCAAUAAUGAGUCCGGCGUCUUCCUCCAGAGCAGCAUGUGAGACAUGACGUUUGGAAAACUGUUGUUUACAAUACGUCAAAUCAUUUUACAGACUAUACAAUAAUCUGCUUAUGGAAAAUUAUUGGCCGAAUCUCAGGAAAACUCCCCAAAAUCAAAAGCAAUUGGAAUAUGUAUAAAGAAAAUUAAUUAAUUUUAUUAAGAUUUAAUUGACAUUAUUUUCAGGACAAUAAGGCACAUUUUCUUCCACAUGACUGUAAUAUGUUUGUAUGUUUUACUUUAUGUAAUUUAGGAUUUACUUUGCUGUAAUAAAACAUUGUUUAAGUGUCACAAAA